AACUUGACAUGUUUUUAAUUGAACUGACACCUUAAAAAGGGGUCUUCGAAUUCCGAUAAACUAUUUAUCUUAAGAUAAAAACGAUAACAAACGAUGAUAAUUACGAUUAAAGGCUGUCUUUUCAAUAGUAAUACUAUGAUUUUAUCGCAAUGUUAAUGCGCAGAGUGAGUCAAAAAAUUUUAAUAGUCAUAUCAGGUUUACUGUUUACAUAUUUUUAUUGCGAAUAUCUUAUUUAUUAUGUUGUGGUGGCACAGUGUUAUUGGCCAACAUCUGAGAAGCUAAUAGAGGGCCAAUAUCUGAAAGCCUUUAUUCUUGCCGACACACAUUUGCUGGGCCCUUUUAGGGGUCAUUGGCUGGAUAAAUGGAGGCGGGAAUUUCAGAUGCAGCAAGCCUUCCAAGCUGUUAUAGCUAUACAUAAACCUGAUGUAGUGUUUGUUUUAGGAGAUCUUUUUGAUGAAGGUGAAUGGACCAAUGAGCAACAAUUUCGAGAUUAUGUGGACCGUUUUCAUAAACUGUUCAAGUUACCUGAUGAGAUAAAGAUGCAUGUGGUAGCUGGCAACCAUGAUAUAGGAUUCCAUAAUAACAUUAGAAGAUACUCAGCUAAGAGGUUUGUGGAGUUAUUUCAAGCACCUUCAGUGCAACAUGUUAUAUUGAAAGGCAGUCAAUUCAUACUAAUUAACUCAAUGGCACUGCAUGGAGAUACAUGUGAACUAUGCCUUGAUGCUAAACGCUCCAUUAAUAGAAUUUCGGAUUCAAUAAACUGUACAAAAAAUGUUGAAUGUAACCAACAAGUUAAUUUUAAUAAUUCUCGUCCUAUUAUAAUGCAGCAUUUCCCACUGUACCGUGUAUCGGACGCUGUUUGUACUGAACCAGAUGCACCACCGUUGCCGGAUAGAAAUAAAAAUUUCCGAAUAAAAAUAGAUGCACUGUCCAAAGAAUCUACAAAAUAUUUAAUUGAAAAGUUAAAACCUCGAGCGGUAUUUGGAGGUCAUACGCAUCACGGUUGUAAAUUACUUCAUACUUACAAGAAUUUAAAUUUAGAGUUUUUGGAGUAUUCAGUACCAUCCUUUUCAUGGAGGAAUAGACUUGAUCCGAAGUUUAUGUUGGUGUCAAUAUCUCCAGACACAUAUGCGGUGAACAAAUGUGGCUUACCAAGGGAAAGAACAAUAAUACUCACAGCAAUAAUUAUGAUUUUCGGUCUUGUAAUUUUUUUAAGCACAAAAAGGACAAUCGGGAGAUGACAUCAAUGAAAAGCAAAACUCCAAUCUCAUGAUUAUAUUCCAUAAUAAAUACUUUUGACAAGAUCCGAGCAAUUUGUACACUGUACAUUUACAUUGGAAAUAAAUGCUCGCGCACAAUACAA